CUUGGGCGGCUCAGUCGGUCGGUCGUCGGUCUCCAGUCAAUUCCAGCCUCAACGCGAUCUCUCAGCACCCCCCUGGACAACGGCUUGCACACGGAAUCGUUCGAGAUUGUGCCGCUCCAGUACCCGGUUAUAUUCAUUAGAGGAGUUGAAAUUGAAAGUGCUUUGUUGUCUUGGAUUUGUGGAUUUUCGAUAUCAACGAAUUCGUUGGGUGUUGCCCCGCGACGGCCUUCUCAGAGAUUGCAUUCACAGUCUUUAAUCGAUUCGAGAUACAGUUCCAGCCAAACAAAAGCCAAUCAACGGAUACAACAUGAAAGUGCUGCAACGUUUGCUCUUGGUCAGCUGUCUGAUUGGCGUGGGAAUGGUGGGUGCCCAGGACUACCAGGAUUACCAGGAGAACACACCGCGAACAUCCCCAAUCCGCCUGCGUCCCUCCAACCAGGCCGAAGUGGCGAGACCCACACCUGUGGCCAUCCUCAAGCAGAUCAACAAGCACAACGAAGAUGGCUCCUACACGUACGGCUAUGAGGGUGCCGAUGGCUCCUUCAAGAUUGAGACGAAACUGGCCACCGGCGAGGUCAAGGGCAAGUACGGAUAUGUCGACGAGACCGGCAAGGUGCGUGUGGUGGAGUACGGAGCCAACAAGUACGGCUUCCAGCCCUCGGGCGAGGGCAUCACCGUGGCGCCACCCACACUGGUCGAUGAGACGCAAAAGGAGGAGCCCGACUAUGCGGAUGAGCCUGUCCAGCGUCCCCAGAGGCCAUACCGUGUCCAGCAACAGCAGCCGCGUCCUCAGCCACGUCCACAGCCUCGCCCUCAGCCGCAGCCGCAACCACAGUACGUCCAAUACGAGGAGGAGGAAGUGGAACCCCAGCCGCAGCCACCACGUCGCGUCCAGUAUGCUCCGCAGCCACAGCCACAGCACCAACAGUUGGGUCCAGCGCCACCACGCCUCCAGGUGCCGGGCGCCCAGCGCACCACCGAUGUACUGUACUCCCCGCUGCAGCGACCCGCCCGCCCCGAGCCCGACUACUCCCAGUCCCAGAGCUUCGGCGAUGGACCCUCCAACGUCCGCAUUUCGCGCCCCGUCUAUGCCCUGCCUCCCGCCUCGCCGCCGUCAAACAGCGCUCGUGCCCAGGGCUUCCUGGCACCUGCUUCCGGAGGACGUCCGCUACUGGAGCCCGUCGGUUUCGGACCCUCGCAGGCGCCCGUUGCCCGUCCCGUGCAGCAGCAGUCCAGCUAUCAGCCACAGCAGCAGCCACAGUCACAGCCGCGCAGCGGUGGAGGCGGCGGCAGUCUGCUGGAUCAGCUGGCCCGCGACUACGCUCUCCCCCAAGGCAGUGCCCAGCCGCUGCACGACAUCUCCUUCGGCUACUACUGAGCGAAGGAGUGGCGGUGUUGGUUGUCAUGGCAGUCACGUUCGCUGCCUCCCAGUCCUCCUCUACAACCCAGAGAUUCCUUGCUUUUAGGUCCUAUCCGCCACAGGUGCACUCUGCCCCUGAGAUUUUCGUAAGCGAUAAUUAAAUCCAUUAUUAAUAAUCGA